AUGAGAGAAAUCGUUCACGUUCAAGGAGGUCAAUGCGGUAACCAAAUCGGCGCCAAAUUCUGGGAAGUCAUCUCUGACGAGCACGGAAUUGACCCUACUGGGACCUAUCACGGAGACUCAGACCUUCAGUUGGAAAGAAUCAACGUCUACUACAAUGAAGCCACUGGCGGGCGUUAUGUCCCAAGAGCUGUUCUAAUGGAUCUCGAGCCAGGCACCAUGGACUCUGUAAGAGCUGGCCCAUUCGGCCAGUUGUUCAGACCAGACAACUUCGUUUUCGGCCAAUCCGGAGCUGGAAACAACUGGGCUAAAGGCCAUUACACUGAAGGUGCUGAGCUCAUUGAUACCGUCUUAGACGUUGUUAGGAAAGAAGCUGAAGGCUGCGACUGCUUGCAAGGCUUCCAAAUCACCCACUCAUUAGGAGGUGGUACUGGAUCUGGUAUGGGAACCCUUUUGAUUUCCAAGGUCAGAGAAGAAUACCCAGACAGAAUUAUGGAAACAUUCUCAGUCUUCCCAAGCCCUAAGGUCUCUGAUACCGUCGUUGAACCAUAUAACGCAACUCUCUCAGUCCACCAGCUUGUCGAAAACUCUGAUGAGGUCAUGGUCAUCGAUAACGAGGCCCUUUAUGAUAUCUGCUUCAGAACCCUCAAACUGACCACCCCAACCUACGGAGAUCUUAACCACCUUGUCAGUGCUUCAAUGUCAGGAGUUACCUGCUCAAUCAGAUUCCCAGGCCAACUUAACGCUGAUUUAAGAAAAUUGGCUGUCAACCUGAUUCCUUUCCCUAGACUCCACUUCUUCAUGAUUGGUUUUGCCCCUCUCACCUCAAGAGGCUCCCAACAAUAUAGAGCUUUGACCGUCCCAGAACUCACCCAACAGAUGUUCGACGCCAAGAACAUGAUGUGCGCUUCUGACCCAAGACACGGCAGAUACCUCACAGCAGCCGCCAUUUUCAGAGGAAGAAUGUCAACCAAGGAAGUCGACGAACAAAUGUUGAACGUCCAAAACAAGAACUCCAGCUACUUCGUAGAAUGGAUUCCAAACAACAUGAAGUCUUCAGUCUGUGAUAUCCCACCUAAAGGACUUAAGAUGGCAGUCACUUUCAUUGGAAACUCCACUGCAAUCCAAGAAAUGUUCAAGAGAGUCGCUGAACAAUUCACUGCUAUGCCAUUUAUAGUGACUGGAAUUUCUAUUGGUUAGUUUUUAUAUUUUUGAUAAUAUAAUAGUAAGGGCAUAUGUUCAGAAGAAAAGCUUUCUUGCAUUGGUACACUGGUGAAGGUAUGGAUGAGAUGGAAUUCACUGAAGCUGAAAGCAACAUGAACGACUUAGUCAGCGAAUACCAACAAUACCAAGACGCCACUGCUGAGGAAGAAGGAGAAUUCGACGAAGAAGAAGAAGCUGCAGCAUAA